UCAAUCCCCAUACCAAAAUUAUCAAACAAAAUCUUAUAUUAAAAUAAACUCUCUCUGUUUCCUACUCAGUACUAAUUUUUCAAACAGGGUAUUAGCCAAUAGCUUGUUGAAUGGACUGUGGCCUCUCCUAUACCAAAAUUUGCCUUCACCAAUCUUUACCUUUUAAGGUGAAGACUACUUUGCUAUCAUCAUUCUCAUCAUCAACCCCUUCUUCUGUUGGUUGUAGGAGAUUGUUGACUGUAGUGGCCAGUGGUAAUAGUCGUAGUAGUAAGUGUGAAUUCAGUGGUUUAAACGCACCGCUAGAACCGACAACACCGACGGGGAGGUUGUUGAGCACUGUGCUUCUGAAUGAUCGCAACAACUUUCAUGUCGCUGUUCAGAAACAGUUGGAGCACUUAGCGUAUGACCGAGAUCAAGCUCUGGCUCGGAUGUAUCUCAGCUUCGGCUCUGAUGAAGCUUUUCUCCAUAGGAGAAUAGCUGAAGUAAAAGAGCUGGAAUGUCAAGCUUCCGUCGAAGACAUUAUGUACAUUCUAAUAUCUUACAAGUUCUCUGGAAUCAGAGUGCACUUGGUUCCCAAGCUUUCGAAAUGCAUGUACAAUGGCAGACUUGAGAUAUGGCCUUGCAGGGACUGGGAACUUGAGUCUAUCCAUAGCUGCGAAGUGCUGGAAAUGGUUAGGGAACAUCUUACCAUUGUUCUAGGAUGGAAAGAAAAGUCAAACGUGACCGACAAUUGGGCCCCUACUAAAGUACAAAAACUCCAGCUCUGUCGAGUAUAUGCUGCUUCUGUUUUAUUUGGAUAUUUUUUGAAGUCGGCUUCCUUGAGGCACCAUUUAGAACAGAAAGUUGAUCACAUCAACCGGGACCUUGGUAUUGCUGGUUCCAGCCAGCUCUUACUUUCAGAGUUGCGGUCCUUAGGAUCAGAGACUGUUCCCUUUGGUCGCAUCAGUGGCACACGAUCUACAUCAGUGGGCCGAAUACCACUUGUUCGGGAAAAAAAGCAAGAAAAACUGAAGUAUUAUGUGAUGAGUUUUGAUGCAGAAACAUUGCAAAUGUGUGCAAAACCAAAAUCCAAGGAGGCCCUGAAUCUGAUUGAGAAGCAUAUUUAUGCACUCUUUGGUGAUGAAAAGACGGGUCUAAUCGCGAGUGGUGGAGUAAUUUCUACAUCAUUGGCAAGUUUGAAGAGAAUUGUUUUGGAGGCUAUUGCUUUCGGUUCUUUCCUUUGGGAUGCAGAAGAAUACAUUAGGACUGUGUAUCAGCUGAAGGAGAACUAACUAUCUACUGAGGUUAUCAUAUAUGUAUAUACUAUAUAGAAUCUUUCAUGUAUCUAAUACCAAAGAAAUUGUUCUCUGAUGUGCAUUAUCAGAGGAUUUGCUUUGUAAAUUUGAGUUGUAUAGAGUGUCAUCCAUGUUAUGUAAAUAAAUCAUGAAUAAUGUAAAGCAGUUUCAUGAUUUUGUA